AUAUUGAGACAUGUUUUCUUGUAUCAGGGACAGCUUUAAUUAAAGACGAUAUAGUGAUGGGGAAGACGAAAUCUGGAGAGAAACAGAGGAAAGGGUUAUGGUCACCCGAAGAAGACGAGAAGCUAAGGAGUUGCAUCCUCUCCCAUGGCCAUUCUUGCUGGACUACUGUUCCCAUCAAAGCUGGGCUACAAAGGAAUGGGAAGAGUUGCAGAUUAAGAUGGAUUAAUUACCUAAGACCAGGUUUGAAGAGGGAAAUGAUUAGCGCAGAAGAAGAAGAGACCAUCUUGGCGUUUCAUUCUUCCUUGGGUAACAAGUGGUCGCAAAUAGCAAAAUUCUUACCUGGAAGAACAGACAACGAGAUAAAGAACUAUUGGCAUUCUCAUUUGAAAAAGAGAUGGCUUAAGUCUCAGAACUUGCAGCACCCAAAAUACAUAUCCUCUUCUUCUUCUCCUUCUUCUUCAUCACUUGUUUCUUGUGGAAAAAGAAACCCCGAAACCUUGAUCUCGAGUCAUGUGAUUAACUUCCAGAGACUCCUAGAGAACAAAACUUCAUCUCCAUCACAAGAAAGCAACGUAAAUAACAAUCAUCAAUGUUCUUCUGCUCCUGAGCUUCCAAGGCUUUUCUUCAACGAAUGGCUUUCUUCUUCGGAUCCCCAUAUCGAUGACUCCUCUGUUUUUACAGACUCGAAGCACAAUCAAGCUCCAAAUGUCGAAAACAAUGUCUCAGAUUAUGAAGAAACAAGUGAUGUUGAUCGAUUCCAUUACAACGAAAUGAUGAUCAACAACAACAACUGGACUCUUAACGACGUCGUGUUUGGUUCCAAGUUUCAGAAGCAUGAGUCUCAAAAUUGAUCACAGAGAGUCGUCCUGAGAUUGUAAUUCUUCUACUAGAUUCUUUUCUUCAUCAACAGCGACGUAGGUCAUAUGUACUGUAAAUCAAAUUUAUAAGGGAAAACGAACGUUUGCGGUUGACCAAAACGG